UAUGAAAAUUGUAUGUGUAGUAUUUCUCUUGCAAACUUUAUUACAGAUACUAACUAGAAAGUCAAGAUUUGAAGUGCAAAUGGAUUAUCUAUUUCAAAUUAUCCUCCUUUUACAAUUAGUUAAAGACCAAAAAUUUGAAGCUGUUUUUAAAAGCUGUAGUCAGGCACUAAUUGCCAACGAUCUCUUAAAUUCCACUUUUAAAAUUCAACCUAUUGAUAAUGGUCGAAAAUUUGAUAUUAAAUGUUAUUUUAGCGAAAAAAAUGAAUUUAUUUCAGAAAUUGAUAAUGAUGUUGACCAAAAUAAAGUUUUAAGGGCUCCACUACAAUCUAAGAAAUUUAUCACUACAAAUAUAAAAUAUCAAGAUAUGACAAAUUCAGAAUUGGAAUCAAUACUCAACUUGUCUGGCCUUUGUUCACAGAAUAUGCAACUCGUGGCUCAAAAUUCUCAAGCCAAAUUUUUGAUGUUUGAAUUUUUUGAUGGUACAAAUUAUACAUUAAGUAAUUUUGAAGAUGGUAUAUGCAAAUGUUUAAUAUCAAAGGUAUGUUUAGAAAAUAAUGACAAAGGCAAAGUCUGUACUGACACUGGCACUCAAAUACAUAAUCAAGUCUAUAAUUUGAAAGGUGAAAUUUCUGUUGUACCUAAUCGCUUGCCAUUAAUUAAAACUGUAUAUGGAGAUAUUGAUGAUCCAAUUGAAUUCGCAAAGCAUGUUAUAAAUCCAUUAGUAUGUGUUUCAUCUGUUGUAAAAGUCUCAUUACCUAGUGGAUGCUUUGGUAAUUUAUUACCUUUACAUGAUAAUGAUUUAAGCACUUGUGUUACUUUUAAAAUAACAAGUGUUACACUGGAAAUAUCAUUUUUUAAACAGUUUAAGAUCCAUUCAAAAUUAGAAAGUUUACUCAGUAUAGUUUCUUAUCUCAAGACAGAGGAUAGUGGCAUCAUUAGAAUGUGCAAUGAAAUUGAAAAGCAUAAUUUUGAAUGUGAAUUUUAUUCAAGAAAAAUUCUAAUUUUUAUUCAAAGUUUAUCAGAAAGCGCAAUUCAAUUAUGUGAAAUUGAACCAUACUGA